CGCGCCCGUCCUCCAGGCUGAGCGGAGACGACCGGCAGCCGCCGCCGCCGCCACCGCCACGAGCUGUCCCUGCGGCUCGCCUGCCCCGGCAGGGCCGGCCGCACUGCGCUCCGGCGCCCCGCGCGUCCCCGGCCUCGGCCCCGGCGUGGGGGCGCCGGGCCCGCGCGUGCGCAGCGCGGGAGGGGGGCGCGGGCCGGGACCCCCAGCCGGCGCGUGCGCGAACGGAGCCUGGGCGGCUGGCGGGCGUCGGGAUGAGUCUCCGCGCGCUGUGGCACCACUAAGGAGGAGGCCGGGGGCCGAAGGGAGCGCGGACCACCCGCGCCGGGCCGGGCCAUGGCGUUCCUGGCCGGGCCGCGCCUGCUGGACUGGGCCAGCUCGCCACCGCACCUGCAGUUCAACAAGUUCGUGCUGACGGGCUACCGGCCGGCCAGCAGCGGCUGCGGCUGUCUGCGCAGCCUCUUCUACCUGCACAACGAGCUGGGCAACAUCUACACGCACGGGCUGGCCUUGCUAGGCUUCCUGGUGCUGCUGCCAGCGACCAUGCCGUGGGGUCAGCUGGGCGAGGGCGGCUGGCUGGGGGGCACGCACUGUGUGGCCUGCCUGGCACCCCCCGCAGGCUCCGUGCUGUACCACCUCUUCAUGUGCCACCAAGGGGGCAGCGCUGUGUACACGCGACUCCUUGCCCUGGAUAUGUGUGGGGUCUGCCUCGUCAACACCCUCGGGGCUCUGCCCAUCAUCCACUGUACCCUGGCCUGUAGGCCCUGGCUUCGCCCAGCCGCUCUGCUGGGCUACACCGUCCUGUCGGGUGUGGCCGGCUGGCGGGCCCUCACGGCUCCCUCCACCAGUGCCCGGCUCCGCGCCUUCGGCUGGCAGGCUGCGGCCCGCCUCCUGGUGUUUGGGGCCCGGGGAAUGGGGCUGGGCUCCGGGGCUCCAGGCUCCCUACCCUGCUACCUGCGCAUGGAUGCGCUGGCACUGCUCGGGGGGCUGGUGAACGUGGCCCGCCUGCCGGAGCGCUGGGGACCCGGCCGCUUCGACUACUGGGGCAACUCCCACCAGAUCAUGCACCUGCUCAGCGUGGGCUCCAUCCUCCAGCUGCACGCCGGCGUCGUGCCCGACCUGCUCUGGGCUGCCCACCACGCCUGUCCCCCAGACUGAGCCACCUCCCGCCUGCCACGCCGGCCUCCUGACAGUCCUCUGGAACCAAUAGUGUGCUUCACUCCUGCUGCUGGUCUUGGAGGGGCCGAUGGCCUGGAUGCUUCCAGCAAACAGGACUUCCCAGCUGGGAGCCCUCAUCUGUUCGUCCGUUUUUCCCUGUGGACUAAUCUCUUCUACUCAUACCUCGGAGCUCUGGCUUUCCCUCCCUGCUACCUUCCUUCAGGGUACUGUCCGGGUAGGCUAGAAGGAACCCUUUCCUUCCUAGGCCUCAGUUUAUCCUUUGUGACCUAUGAGGGCAUGGCUGGAGGGACUCCGGGGUCAUGUCUGGCUCCGACAGUUGGAACCCUACCAGCCCAGAGCCAUAAGCCCACUCUGCCCCACACGUAAGGUAUCUUAUGGGUGCCUGGCCCAGCCUUCAGCCCCUAUUUCCUGACUUUUGUCUUUCUGCUCUGCAUGCCAGCCAUCCCUGCAGCCUGAGGCUCACCUCCCCUCUUCUCCCUUCUGUCCAGAGAGUGAGGAGUUUGGGCAACAGGACCAGUCUCUUAACCCAGACCAAGGGGUAGGAGGGCAGCUGCAGCUGCUUUUUGCAGGCAGCUAGCACAGAGACAUGAGAGCUGAGGGGCACUGGACUCAGGGGCCCACUGGGCUGAGGCCCCCUCUCCACUCUGAGUGCAAUGCUCUGAUGGCCCAACCUACACAGUGGGGAUGUGCCUGCUCAGGAAAUCUCGGCUACAUGCAGUGCAUGGCUCCUGCCUCCAACCAGCUGGCCUGGGGCCCUGCAUGAGGGCCCAGCCUCGGCCCAUGCUGGGGCCGCAGACCCUGGGCAACAUCAAUAAAGGGGCGGGAAGCACAGUGUUGCCACACAAACAAGCGUGGGUGCUCCCGAGAUUCAAAUACCUUUUAUUAGACAUGGGUAGGCAAGGAGGCACCCCUGGAGCUCCCAGAGGGACCCCAGCCUCCAGGAGGACUGGGGGGGGGGGGGGAGGCUAAAAGGUUAAAAGCAUUGAGGCUGGCCUGUAGACUCAGGUUGGGCCCAGUGAGUCCUCAAAUAGGCUGAGGAGGUUCCGAGGUUCAAAGGCGGGGAAGGAACCCCGAGGGGGCUCAGAGUCAAUGUCACUUAGGUCCAGGGCUUCCCUGGGGUGGGAGAGAAGAGAGACAAAUGACAGUCAGGGUCUGAAAGCCACUACCUCCCACCCCCCUGGAUUCUGGACCUGCUCACCUCAGUGAGUACCUGUUCCGGGGGGCAGGGGAGCCAUUGCGGGGGGUGGAGGUGUUCCCGGCAGCCCUGGCCAGGACGGCCUCCGGAGAGAGUGAGAGCCUGCACGGGAUGGGCCAGACAAGUAAGGUGUCGAGGGGUGGGGGGUACACGGGGAGGAGGCCACAGCUGGUUGGGAGCAGCAAGACCAACCCUGUCCCUAUGCAGGUGCCAGGCUCCAGCCUGACAUGGGUGGGGAUGGGGACCCAGUGGGGAACAGCAGAAACUCGGUGCCCUUUGACAAAAGCACUUUCACAACUCUGAAAGGCCACCUGACCACUCAAAGGCCACGUCCGUUCUGUCUCGGAACACAUGGUUAGGACGGCUGGCUUUGUAGUGACCUUGUGGAGAUGAAGCUUUUCAGGUACUUCCUGUCGAUAUGCCACCUCCCGUGGCAAGGGGGUGACGUUUCCGUAAGGAAGGGGUUAAUGGUGAUUCCUCCUGAGGCCUGUGCCUCAAGCAUGUGGUUCUCUUUUGCAGCAGUUUCUUAAUUACAGCCCCUCACUUGGCCACCAGGAGUUUCCCAGGACCAGCUCCUCGGUGCCUCAUCUGUGGACACUGGCAGCCCCUGCUGUGGCGGGGGGGGCGGGGGGCACUUGGGCGGCAGUGCCCCAAGCCCAAAGUUGCCAGGUAUGCUCUGCUCCACACAUUUCCUACACCGAGCUUGGAAGAGACUGCUGCAUUCACGGGCAGGCUGCACCCCACCGGCCUCGGUUCCCGUCCCAGGGCGUGACGGGGGCUAGGUUUGUGGGAAGGGUCCUGCUCACCACUAAUUCUCUUGGGUCUGGGGCCUGGACGUGAUGGCCACCCCAUCUUCCACCCCCAGCACCCUCAGCUCUCACCCACCCUACGCUGUCAUCAUCCCAGCUGCUGGAGAGGCUGCUGUGCAGGAGGAUGCUGCAGGGUGGGGAGCCAGGUGGGGUGGCUGGGGGGCUUGGGGGCUGCAGCCAGCUGGCAGGGUGGGCCAGUCCAUGCCAGAGCCAGCACAGCAAGGAGAGCAGGGCCUGUGGGGACAGGGGUGGGGGAGGCAGAUCAGACCCUGUGGUCGGGAGCAGGGUUGGCACCCUGCCCCAUCAACCGACUUACCUGCCACAGGGCCCACCCUCGACUGAGAGCGUCAGCAGCCACAUACCACAGAACGCUCCAGGGCCGAGGCCGCCUGAGCAUGGGCAGGGCCAGCAGGGCUGAGGCUGUGGCCCGCAGCUUGGGGUCAGGUUCCAGCAUCAUGAUGAGGACAGAACGCAGCUCGGAGGACAGGCCUGUCCACGGGGCAGGGCCAUGUCAGGAGUGAGGGGCUCUAAGCUCAGUGUUCCCCACUGCCGGCCAUUCCCUCCCAUGCAAGCCUGUCCUCCCUGGGGCAGCACGGUCCUCUCCAUCCUUGCCUUCUACUUACCAGCGGUGAACUCAGGGGGCAGAUAGCCCUGGCGAAGCUGCUGCCAGCCCUCCCCACCGUGGGGCAGCUCCAUGUUGCACGCCACUUCCAGGAUGGUGAGACCCAGACUGGGAAGGACAGGGGCAGUGACAGAAGAGGGGCAAGGUUGGCCUUGGGAUGACAGAUCCCAGAGCUCCAGGCUACCCAAGAAGAGGGUGGGGAAGGGGUGCUGUCUUCUGCCAUGAGCCAGGGACAUGGUUGGGGAGCAGUUGGGGGGUCCUGAGAAGGACUCAACAGGGCCAGUGAUUGGACCAUGUUGUGGAGCAUGGACCCCGGGCAGAGCAGACCCUACAGCAGCUGGUGAGUCCUCCUGGCAGCCCUCACUGACUGCACGGGCACUGUGGUUACUAAUGUCCCCAUCAUGGUUCUGUGGAUAAGGCUGGACAUGGCUCUUCGAGGCCAAACAGGGUUAUUAGCAUGGACGAGGGGACCCAGUGCCUGGUCCAGUCCCAGCUUCACCACGUGCUAACUGGACUUUGGGCAAGUCCCUCAACCCCACUGUGUCCGUUACUUGUAAGUGUGGUCAUUGUCUCCCCCGUGGGGGGUGUGGCAAGGAUGGGGUGGACCCAUGUGAAGUGGCUCCAGAGGGUUCGCUGCUUAGACAGCCCGACUCUAUGAAACCCCCUUGACUACAGGGCGGGCCUCCACCCCUUCAGGGCAGGGUGUCCAGCCCAAGGCCGAGUCUUCCUGACUUUGGACUAGGGCGGCGUUUCCCUCCCUCUGCUAACCGUUUCCCUCCCUCUGCUAACCGCACCCACCCCUGGCCCACGGCAGAGCCUCUCACGUCCCAGCCCUCACCUGAACACGUCCGCCGCUGUCCCGUAGGAGCCCCGCAGCAGCUCGGGAGCCAUGUACCGGGGGUCUCCCUCCUGGGCCUCUCCAGCUCCAGGUGUGCCCAGCUCAACCAGCAGCCCAAAGUCACCCAGCUUGCAACGGCCCCGGGGUCCCAGGAAGAUGUUGGCAGGCUUGACAUCAAGGUGGACCAGGCCUUGGCCGUGGAGCUGUGGGGCUGAAAUUCAUCUCAUGAAGCUCCACUUCCCGCUCCGGGUGGCAGGUGCGGCAGACAGGCCGGGGCUCCCUCUGCCAUCAGCCCCUGCUCAAGAGGCAAAAAGCUCACCCUCAGGGCCAGGGGGCUGGGAACACAGAGGCCUGAUCACUCAAGCCCAAGCUCAUUCACAGGAAGGAGUCUCCCCCGUGGGAAAGGUGAGCAGAGAAGGCCAGAGGCUGCUGUCCCCACCCUAAGGCAGCAGUGUCACCCAGGGAGACAGGCACCACUGUCCCUGCCCUCAGCUCCAGAGCUGCGGCCUAGGGAUUCUGCCUAUGGAGAAGCAGACAAUGACACAGAAAGUUCUGAGGCUCUCUCUGGGGGGG